CGUGUGCGUAUGGCGUUUCAUACAAAUUGUCAAAGCUGAUUUCGGACGCAUUUUCGAUAAAUUCUAGAAGAAAAUGCUACAGUGCGGAGUCUGCGGUUGCACCGAUUUCUAUUUAGCCUCUGGUUAUUCCUUUUGCUCGACAUGUCAAACGCAAAAUCAGGAAGCCGGAAAAGAAGUGGAGUUGGAACUGCCCAUGGAAAAUAAUACGAGGUUGCGGAAAACGAAAAUCCGUCGCGUAAAAAGUGGCAAAACAGAUGAAGUUGGAUGGACAUCGUGGGAAUUGUAUAAUUUUGUCUUAAUUGGAUUGACAAACGAACUUAUUGAACUCGGUGUAUCAGCUGACAUAAAAAUAACGGUGUUACAACUGUGGGCACGAUAUCUAGGGAAACUAGAAAUAGCUUUCAUAUCUAAAAACAAGAAACUUGUACCAAAACUAGCUAGGAGAUAUAAGAAAAGGGAUGCUGAAAUUAUAUAUGGCAAAGUUUUGUCACAAAAGAGAGUUAAGAAACAAAGAAAAGGUGAAAGUAAUGUAACAGAUUCUGCAAUUUCUACCUGUUUAAGUGAAGAGAUUUCCUUAAAAGAAUUAAAUAGGAGUAAAAAACUUAUGAUUACUGCGGAUUACGAUAGAUUUAUGCAAUCGCAAAUGAGUUCAGAAGGAGAAACACUGAGUACAUUCAAUCAAAGUGUAUAUAGUAUGCAAUCUAGUACACAUACGCAACACACAAGACAAUCUUUUGAAAAUAUUAGAAUACAGUUCGAUCCUUAUGCAAAGGAUGAAACAAAAAGAAUAAAAGAGAUGGCAAAGAAAAUACCAAGACACAAACGCAAAAAAUAUAAGCAAAAUCAUGUAACAACUCAAUACAAAACAGGACCAGAAUUAAUUACACCUAUGAAAUUGUGGGCAAUUUUAUAUUUGGCUCUAAGGAUUCAUAAUCAGGAUAUACAUUUAGGUGACAUGUUAAGAAAUGGGAGAGAAGGACAUUUAUCUUAUUAUAAAUUGGAUCAAUUGAUACCUCCUGAAGUGGCUUUAACAAGAAGUGAUGUAAAUUUUUUAUCGCGAGCUGCGGACAUAACGCAUAAGGGAAUGAGAAGGAUAAUUGGAAGAAUGGCGAAAUUUCUUGGAGUCACGACAAUAAUUUGUCCCGAUUUUUUACCGCUUAUUAAUCGAUAUUGCAGUGAAUUGAAUUUACCAAGGGGUAUAUCUUUAUACGCGGAAAGAUUAGUAGCUUUAUCUCCGCCAAAAAUGAAGUUUGAUAAAAAGACUUGCAUUCCCAAUUAUGAAGGUCGUGCUAUGGCAUUUAUUAUUGUAGUAUUGAAAACGUUAUUGAGUUUAGAUGGCAUUACGGAAUAUGAAAUCAGUAAUGUUGCUGACAAGAUUAAUAGUGUAAUUAAUGAAGAAGGUAUUAGCGAUACAAAACUGUUUAGUUUUCGAGAAUGGCAGAGAUACAUUGAAUGUCGAAAAGCUGUUUUAGCCAAUGCGCACUACCCUACCAAGUUAAAAUACAACCUGCACAUACCAGAUGUAAAUAGUUUAUAUAUCAAAUUUUUGGAGACUGUUGAUUCCAAAGUAGACAGGGAAGAACCUGAGAUAAUUACGCACAAGCAUCUAAUACCGCGUGAACUGGUUCAUGCAAUGAAACAAUGUAUCACUGAUAUAAGCUACAUUGAUUUACCAAUAAAUGAGGUGAAUGACUUUUCUCCUUCGUUAAUGGCACAUCACUCGUAUCUUCAACAAUUGUUGGAACAUCCAUUAUAUGAUUUGCCAAGUAUACUCCGAAAUGGCUUUUUUUCCACAAAAAUUGGAUACAUGACAAAACCAGAAUUCAUUAGCAAAUUGACUUCAAAUUACAAUAUGCAAAUAAAUUUCAUUGAUUCAAAUUUGCAUUUUGUUGAAAAAACCGUAGCACUCUUUGAACAAACAAAAAUGGCUAAUAUAAAAGAUUUGCAGGACAAUAUAAUAAUACAGGAUUUUUUGGAGGAAGAUAUCGAGAAAAAAGAAGAUAUCAUUGAUUACUUACAUAAAAAAAUAACUUGCAGUCUUAAAAUUGAUGGAAAGAAAAGACAGUAUUAUGAUAAUAUUCGGAAUUCAGUUAUAAAGGAUCUCCCUUUAGCAUCGUCGGAUGAAUUUAUAUUCAAUGAGACUCUGCCGAAUGGCAAAUUAGCAAUCCCAAAUACUAACGAUAAUGAAAAUGAAGAUAAUGAUGAUAAUGAUACAUGUUUAAAAGACAUUGUUCCCGAGGAGACGGCAUUAUUGUUAUCCAAAUUUUGUAAAGAAUACGAUAUAAAUCUUUCACGUACAGAAAAAAAAGCUGUAUUUAAAAAUUCAAAUCAAAUGAAGAAACAGAAACGUAAACUUUUUAGAAAUACACGUGGUAAAUUUGUGAAGCAAAAUAUCGAAAAUCCAAACAAAGAUGAUUCUUAUACAGAAGAAUCUGAAAUUGUUUCAAGAGAAAAUUUUGAAAUCGAAAAUACGCUACCAAACAUUUCCGAUAUUUUGAGUUUAAGUAUCAAUGCAUCUAUUUUUGAUGAUCUCAUGAAAAAUGAAAUUGAAUAUGAUGCAGAUGAUCAGUUGGAGAAUAAUUGUAAAGAACCAAUAAUUGAUGAUACUUUUUUUACAUUUGAUGACAACACUCUCAGAUUACUCAGACCUUUUAAAGAUUAUUGGAUGUAUCAUUGCAAUUUUAGCCGCGUGAAGACCAAGAAUUUUGAAUUAUUCGAGAAAAUGCUGCCAAGGAGUUUUCGAUGGUUAUUAGAUGAAUGCGCGGGUAUCAUCGAAAUGUCAGCGGAAGAUCUUUACGAAGAAGUAUGUCUCGUUGAAGCUUAUUAUGCUUACUUGUCGGAGCAAUCCAACUGUGCGCCGAAUACAAGUGACGAAAACAGCAACAACAAAGCGUAUAUUAACGCAAUUUUGAAAAAUUGGUAAAAUAAAGUAACGGAAACUAUUAUUGAUUUAACUGAUACAAGUUCAAAUCUGUGAUAUUAUAAUUAUAUAUCAAUAUUAAAGAUUAUUGAUAAUAUUUUCCAAAAUAUGUUUAAGGUAUAAUUGAAAGCCUUUGUACAAAUUUUAAGGGUGAAUUUUACAUACCGAAAAAUAAAAAAAAAAGAAAUUAUAUGUUCUGAAUUCUUUUUCAUAUAAUUUUUGUAU